UGGGCUAAAUAAAAUGCGAAAUUGCAAACAUUUCCACGGACUAAUCGACAAAACUCGCAGCUCCUCGUUACCCCUGGCCGGCAUCGGAGAAGGCGACCGGAGGAGGAGGAGGCCAGCACGCGGCCCUGCGACGCGAUGGAUAACAACAACCUCGCGGCGGCGUGGGUAACCAUGGGCCCUGGCGCGGCGGGCGCCGUAUUCGGCGCCGGCUGGUGGUUCUGGGUCGACGCCGUCGUCUGCAGUGCCGCAACCGUCCCUUUCUUCCACUACCUCCCCGGGUUAUUCGCUUCGUUCGCCGCACUCAUGUUCAACUGCGUUAAGACGGAGGACAUCAACGACAACUACUACUCGCCCUACGACGAUUCCGAGUGGAGGUUGAAACUCUGGCUUUUCAUUUCUUAUGUGGUGUCCUUUGUUUCCUUGGCUGCGUCUGUUGGUUUUUUGGUCCAAGAUGCUCUUACGGAUACAGGCCCAUCUACAUGGACUGGCAUUGCUGGUGUCCUACAAACUGUUUUUGUGCUAUUCAGUGGAUUGAUGUUCUGGACUUGCCGUUUUGAAGAUUGAUGUAACAAGUAAGCGCUGGUCGCUGGAAAUACUGAGGACCGUGGAGGUGAAGCGAAUAUAAGCAUGCUUUCGGAAUAUGUAAUAUGAACUGUAUCGUGGUUCAAUUUAUUUUUGCCCAGAUUUCUGAAUCUCUGUAAAUAUAACGCCGACCAAACUGCUUAGGUUACUUCCAAAGCUGUUGUCCUUGAGUUAAGAAACUUCCACAGAUGAUAAGAUAAAUAGUACUAACAACUUGCAAACUUUACACUUUCAAUAGCAGUAGACAAAUCAUUUAUAC